AUGCAGAAUGACAACGGAAGGGUGAUUUGUGAUGGUGUAAAUGUUGUAGGCUUUGAGUAUACAUAUCCUAGAGUUAGAAUUCAUCGAGAUCCAUCAAAUAUCGUGUUGAUUGAAUCGGAAGAGCAAUUUAAUAAUUCACUACAGAAGGUUCAGGAUGAAUCUUUGCCAGCGGUAUUCUACUUCACAGCAGUCUGGUGUGGCCCAUGCAGAUUAUUAUCUCCUAUCAUUGGGCAGUUGGGUGAAAAAUAUCCUCAUGUGACUACAUAUAAAAUCGAUAUUGAUAAG